AUGGCCAAACCCAAACAGCAAGGCAAUGUUGCCAAUCGACCGCUCUAUUCACGCAUAUCCUAUCUGUACCAAGCGGCAGCAUAUCUGAGCACCACGGCCACCAAUGAGUCAUCGGAAACGUCAGACUUGACACCACAUGUUGAUGUCCUCCCUCAAGCAGAGCUCGCUGCCGCCAGCGAGAAAAGACCCCUCGAGCAACAAGUCAAGCAAUCCGUGGCUCGACACUUGCUCACCGACAUGCGGUCAACUUCUCUAAAGACUCAGAUCCGGCUGUCCCCAGCAAUCAAGCGUACCAUCUGCAAGUACUGUGACACUCUGCUGAUCGAUGGUCAAACUUGUACUUCGGUCAUUGAGAACACGAGUAAGGGUUCCAAGAAGCCCUGGGCCGAUGUCUUGGUAAUCACUUGCAACAUCUGUGGUGGCCUCAAGCGUUUUCCCGUCAAUGCUGCGCGACAGAAGAGACGGCCCGUGAGACAAGAAGUGGCCCCGGGCUCUAGCUCCCUACCUCAAAGGUCCGUUUAA